AUGAGAGCAUAUGAAAAGAGAGGAGAGCAGGGAAGAGCAGAGGAGAGGAGUACAGAUGGGAGGAGGGGAGAUAAAAAGGUAACGGAGAGAAAAGGAGAGCAAAAGAAGAGGAGCAGAGAAAAGGACAGCAGAAGAGAGGAGAGCAAAGAAGAGGAGCAGAAGAAAAGAGCAAAUAAGAGGAGAGCAGAUGGGAGGAGAGUAUACGAGAGGAGAGCAGAAGAGAGAGGAGAGCAGAAGAUAGAGGAGAGCAGAAGAAGAAGAGCAGAAGAGAAAGGAGAGCAGAAAAUGACAACAGAGAAACAAAGAGCAGAGGAGAGGAGAGAAAAAGAGGAGAGCAUAUGA